GCUCAAAUUAUAAAAGAUCUGACCCAAACUUCAACAAGAACAUCCUCAAUAAACAGCAUCAGUCAAACUGAUUCAAAUGAGCAGUCUACACCCAACUGUCGUUAUGCAAAUGCCUCCAGAAGUCCAUCUUCAGCUUGGUGGCCAUCUCGUCUGGGAUCACCCAUCUGUGCCACUCCUGAGGUCAAUGAAGAUGACCAGACACGGCCUCCUCAAAUUGCUCAUGAGCAAUCACCACCCAUCAUCUACCUCACUGGAAACACAAAGAACAACAAUAACAACUUACGUUACAGUCGUGAAGCACCGUCUUUCCAAAUGCCUUUUGAAAAUGAUCCCAUGAAUAUAUUAAUAAAAGAGGUCGUAGAUCGUCUCCGUCGAAGUCCUCACCUACCAUUGAUCGUAAUGCCAACUCAAGUGCCUGGUACCCCACCUCUGGUCUUUCAACUCCCUUCAGCUGACGUAGUCUUUGUUGGACUGCCCGCAUGCAAUUCACUUCACGGUCAUGUGAGACCUCGACUGGUGACCUCACCAGUGGAGACAAGUGCAUUUGUGGUCACUUCGAAGAGAGAUGUAACCACCCCGAUAAGUCACCUGCCCUCCGGAGACCGAGUAAGUGGAUCUCGAUUCACUGUUGCUGCUCCUAACCCUGGUUCAAUUCUUGGGGUCUCUGCGACUGGUGAUCUCUAUGAAUUUAAACUAGCUAAUACAUAA